AUGACAGACAAGUUACCACCGCUGUCGACGCCGAUCGCGCUUCCGAGUCAGCCCACCUUCUCCCUUCCGAGUGCCGUCCCGAGUCGAGACGCCCCUCGGAAGCAAGAGACAGUAGAGGAGGAGCCGUACACCAUCAAGUGUAUCUGCGACUUUGCUGACGAUGACGGAAAUACGAUCUACUGCGAGACGUGCGAUACAUGGCAGCACAUCGAGUGCUACUACCCCAACAAUAUCGAUGAUGCCCUUAGUCCGAACUUUGCACAUUCCUGCGUCGAGUGCGAACCCCGGACCCUGGAUCGUCAACAGGCGAUCGACCGCCAAAGGGCGAGGACCGCUGUACCGGUCGUAGAAGCGGCGGCUGACAAAAAACCAAAACGGCCGCCGUCGAAGAGCCACAAGAAGAAGCCGAAACCCACAGAGCUCCAGAUCAAUGGCACACACAAUGGGGCGCUCGACAGCACGAAGCAUACCAGUCCCCAGGACAACCCUCAUCUCGCGAAGAAGACCAAGAGCUCGCACAAGUCGAGCCAGUCCGUCAGCUCCCAGGCACCGAAGCGCAGCCCCUCUCACGGGAACGCGAAACCGACCCAGAACCAUCCCUUGAGCCCCGCGACAACUCCACCCGAUCUUCCAGACGAUUUCGAACUCCACAACUACUCGUCCGGAUUCUUGUCGCUGUACAACGACCAGGCUUUCCAAAUCGUUAACACCAACUCCUUCGCCGGUUUGGAAAUAUCGAAUACCAUGUCGGCCUGGCUGCGCGACCAGGAAAAGAUGAAGUUCGAGACAGGCUGUUCCUACAAUGAUGUCUUUCAAACACUCCCCUCCAAUAUGGACUCAAUAAAGGUCAUACCCGACAUUGAGCGGAACAAGAAAUCCAUUACCCCCAAUACCGUCGUCCAGUGGCCGUGUCUCAAAGCACCUUCGACAAUUGAUAAGGAUGUCCCGCUCAUGGAAGUCAAUGGUCAAAUUGGCUUUCAAAAAGAUUACUGCGCCGACCCCGAGAAUCGCUGGGCCGAGUUGACCGUGCCGCUCCCAUUCGUCUUGUUCCACCCGUCGCUCCCGCUCUACAUCGACACUAGGAGGGAGGGAUCUGAGGCUCGGUUCGUUCGACGGAGCUGCAGGCCGAACGCGGUCAUCGAGACAUACCUUUCGGCCGGGAGCGAAUAUCGUUUUUGGCUGGUGAGCGACCGGCAGAUUGAGGCGAAAGAACAGGUCACAAUCCCCUGGAAUCCCGGGUUCCCGGCAGCAGAGAAAGCCCGCGUCCUCCAGAUGCUCGGGCUCGGCGACGACGUGACAGGGGUUCAUGCCGAACAGGUUGUCACCGAAGCCGACUAUCAGAAAUACGCCGGCUGGGUUCACCUCAUUCUUUCUGAACACGGGGGUUGCGCUUGCAAUCUUGGUGCGGAAUGUGCGUUUGCGCGUUUCCACAGGAACUACCUCGCCACUGCCCAGUCGCGUCCAAACCCACCGAGAGCCAAGAAGCGCAAACCCAAAGCACAGCACGCCAUCUCCCCCACAAGUACGGGUCAUGCCACCAACAGCCGGGCGGCCAGCGAAGGCCAUCUUGAAGACAUUGCCGAGAAUGGCCGGAGGUCCGUGUCCAGUUCGCGGAGCAAGCCGCCAAGUCGAGACAUGACUCCGUCGGCGCGCCAGGGCUCAUUCGACACGCUGGGUAUACUGACAGAACCUACGGACCGCGAUAAGCGGAAAGUGGCAAUGGUUGAAGACUCGUUCCGCAGGAUGGAGCAGCAGCAGCAGCAGCAGCAACAACAGCCACCUCGCAAGAGGAAGCGGGUCUCCGAUGGGACUAGCUCCUCUCAUACAAAGACAUCGAAGCCCAGAUCCGCAACCCACACGCCCAACCUCCCUUCCGGGUUCCCGGAACGCGGCUAUGUUGAUGCCGGGACCGGGACGUCGAGGAGCAAGUCUGGUUCACCCAGCGGCGUUAGCCCCACCCACGUUGGCCAUCCCGGCAACAGCCUACCAUCUGGGAACGCAUCGGCGCCUGUUCGCUCUCGUCCCAGUUCGGCUGUGCCACGUCCACAAUAUUGUGAUGCUGCAGUACAAACAGACUUCCCCGAGGCCAGCGACACGGCGACUCCGAAACGGCGGGUGGGCUCUUGUUUAAGGAAACGGAUGUUAGAGAACUGGCGCCAUGUCCGCCUUGAGGAGGAAGAGCGCGCCAAACGCCGCGCCAUGGAGCGGCCGCCAUCUGCCAUGAGCGUAGAGAGCCAUGGCGACCGGGAUACCCUCCUAUCAUCGCCGGCUUCGGCCAAAGAAGCGGAAAAGGGGCCAGGCGGCGAUGUUCCGACAGGCGGACUAAAAGACCACCCAAUGCCUGAUGCUCGGCCGUCGUCCCCGUUGCACACGAUCGCCGCGGCGCAGCCCCCGACAAACAGCCCUGUCAACAACAAGUCGCCUGACCCCCGAGUAGAACCGCCUCCUGUGCCGGCUUUUCAAAGUCCCGCUUCGGCUGCUUCCCCAUCCUCAACACCCGUCUCCGCUGGACCCCGAGCGGCCCAGUCGCCGUUCUCCGCUACGGGCCUCACGAGUCCGUUUCCUCCACUGCCGAUCAAUAGUGCUACGGCAACCCCAAGUCCUGUCAAGAAGAAGCUCACAUUCAACGACUACAAGAGCAGGAUGAGCAGAGCUGCCGGCGCUCGGCCGUCGAUAGGAACAACAUUAUUGAAACCCCUGUCGAAUGCGGACGAGCCCAAGUCCGCCACGAGCACGGAUGGUGGCGCAUUGACUAGCUCGCCAACAUCCGAAAAGCCUUCCGAACCGGCGGCGACGACCGUUGAGACGACAAAAAAGACGUCGACAUGA